UCUUGCAAGGCCUUCAGAAUCUGUGCCAUCUGUGCAUCAGCUCCUGGAGGAUCCAACCCUGCGAGGAUGGCGGGGCUGCGCUUCCCCAGCCAUACACGAAAGGAACCACGUGUGGUUUGAAGUCACUAAGAGCAGCAGCGGCAAGAGAAAUCAUGGCGACCUCGUUUUCAACUCGGGUCUGCGCAUGCAUUCCUUCAGCGUCAGGGUUGGUGAGUCGCAUGAUAAACUCUUGGACGCCCUCUGUCAGUGGCGCGGUCCCUGGCUGACGCAUUUCAUGGAUGCUAUCAUCUCGGGCAACGGAUAGUGGCGAAGGCAGAGUGAUGCGGUACACGAAGUUAUUGUACUUGAAAGGACAUUCCGGAUCGUAUUCGAUGGGAUCGAUCCUAGCUUCCUUCGAAGAUAACAAGAAGAUUUUGUAUGAAAUCCAACCGCCCUUGAAAAUUCGCGUGAUUGUGGUUCAUGGCAAGAGAAGAAAACAGACGUUUAAGGAGUUUGGUACAGAAUGUCUGCAACGAAAUUUAGGAACGAGAUGCGUGUAUUUGACAUGUAGUGCUCUUACGUUGUGCAGGAGAUUUGAUUGCGACAGUUGACUGCUGAGCGUGAGAUCGUAUUGUAGCACGCGCAUCUAUCGACGGGGAAACGGAAACAGCCAUCCAGCCUAUCACGCAGUGCAUAUUGGCGCGCGUCUAGAAAGCUUGGACAACGGCCAAUCAAUGGGUCAGGAGCGUUAAGAUCAAGCCGCGUCUGGCAAAUGCAAUGUACGACAGUGGGCUACAAGGUCCUUCUUUACCGCGGCCAUUACUCUUUGUCCUCGCCCGUCAUCGACGUUCUUGUAUGCAGCAUUCUGAGUAUCUGGCUUUCCAAAUCUUCUGUCGCAUUUUUUU